UACCACAACUCCACGCACGCCGCCGACGUCGUGCAAGCUAUGCACUACAACAUCCGAGAGAAUAAGCUGAUGAGCUUCUUGGAUGACGAAGAGAAGAUGGCCUCCAUCCUGUCGGCUGCCUGCCACGAUCUUGACCACCCUGGCGUCAACCAAAACUUCCUAAUACAUACUUCCAAUCCUUUGGCUCAGUUGUAUCACAAUACGAGCGUGUUGGAGAAUCACCACUAUAGAUCGACUCUUUCGCUGCUCAGAGAG